UGUAAUUAAACUCCAAAAGAACAACCUUGAACCGAGGAACAUAGCAGUGAAGAGAAUCUGUGUAUAAAAAGAUAAGGGAUCUUGUCUUUCUCACUGCAGUUGAAGUGAACACACACAAUGGAGAGAAGAAGGAAUGGCUAUGAAGUGCUGGUGGCUAUGUUGACCCUUUUGCUCUUCUCAUUGAUUUGUGCCACUGCUUCAUCAUCAGACCCAGCACAACUUCAUGACCAUGUGGAGCAACACAAGAGGAAUCUUCUUGCUAAUGGCCUUGGUAGAACUCCUCCAAUGGGGUGGAACAGUUGGAAUCAUUUUAGCUGUCAAAUUAACGAAAAGAUCAUCAGAGAAACUGCUGAUGCCCUUGUUUCUACUGGUCUUUCUAAGCUUGGAUACACAUAUGUCAACAUAGAUGAUUGUUGGGCUGAACUAAACCGGGAUGCUCAUGGUAAUCUGGUAGCAAAAAAGUCAACAUUUCCUUCUGGAAUCAAAGCUCUUGCAGAUUAUGUUCACAGCAAAGGUCUUAAACUUGGAAUUUAUUCAGAUGCUGGGUAUUUUACCUGUAGCAAACAGAUGCCUGGUUCUCUUGGUCACGAGUUUCAAGAUGCCAAGACUUUUGCAUCAUGGGGUAUUGAUUAUUUGAAGUAUGAUAACUGUAACAAUGAUGAAUCAAAACCAACUGAUAGAUACCCUGUUAUGACUCGGGCUUUAUCAAUGGCUGGUCGUCCAAUCUUCUUCUCUCUAUGUGAAUGGGGAGACUUGCACCCUGCUUUAUGGGGUGCUAAAGUGGGAAACAGCUGGAGAACUACCAAUGACAUUAAUGAUUCAUGGGAAAGCAUGAUUUCAAAGGCAGACAUGAACGAGGUUUAUGCUGAAUAUGCAAGACCUGGUGGUUGGAAUGAUCCUGACAUGCUUGAGGUGGGAAAUGGAGGGAUGACAAAAAAUGAAUAUAUUGUUCACUUCAGUUUAUGGGCCCUUUCCAAGGCUCCUCUUCUUCUUGGCUGUGAUGUUAGAAACAUGACUAAAGAGACUGUGGAGAUUGUAACAAAUAAGGAAGUUAUUGCAGUUAAUCAAGAUUCACUUGGUGUACAAGGUAAGAAGGUUAGGAUGGAAGGUGAUAGUGAGAUUUGGGCAGGUCCUCUUUCAAGCUACAGGGUGGCUGUUGUCUUGCUUAAUCGUGGCCCUUGGAAUGUUUCCAUUACAGCCUAUUGGGAUGACAUUGGUUUACCAUCAAAAAGUGUUGUUCAAGCGAGAGACCUUUGGGAGCACAAGACAGUGGUGGGACGGUUUCAGGGAAAAUUGAGUGCCGAAGUGGAGCCACAUGCGUGUAAAAUGUACGUGCUGAAGCCGGUUGCUUGAGUUCUGAAACAGCUUGUGGAGUCACUGGUGUCAAUAUUGUUUUUCUUACCGAGUAUAACUUGUGCACCACUUUCACUUCAAUAAACAUUUUUCUGUGCUUCUAUUCAUAGAAGCUUGCUACGUUGUUUAGUGUACAAAGCUGCUCAAUGGAAGCAGUCACUCGGAUGAUAAUAAAACUGUUGACAUGCUGAAAUGAUUCCAGCAUCCACAAAUUUAAACAAAUCUUAAGUGAGCAAUCUUAAUACAAA